GCCAGAACCUCCACAGAUUAAAGAUGAACAGGAGGAACCAGAACCUCCACAGAUUAAAGAAGAACAGGAGGAACCAGAACCCCCACAGAUUAAAAAUGAACAGGAAGAACCAGAACCGCAGAAUAAAGAUGAACCUGAGGGACCAGAAUAUCCACAAAUCCAAAAGGGACAGGAGGAACUCUGCAGCAGUCAUCAAGGAGAACAGCUUAUUCUGAACCAGGAGACUUAUUCCAUUAUGGAGACUCCUACUGAUGAGGAAUCAAACAGUGACCAACUCCUGUCUCACAUUUCUCCUGGAGCUGAGAGCCCAGAUCAGGAGGGAAGCAAGCAUGUAGACUCAGGAUCAACUAGGAAUAAAGAGCUGAAUCCAAAGAGGAGAGACAACUCUCCUAUGUCAAAGAGUCAGUGUGAUACUGACACAGGUAGAAACUCUGUAACAUGUGACGUCUGUGGAAAAAACUUUAAGUAUCAGUGCGAUAUGAAGACACAUUACAGAAUCCACACAGGUGAGAAACCUUAUUGUUGCAGAACAUGCGGGAAGAGUUACACUAAAAAUGGUCAUUUAACUGUCCACAUGAGGAUUCACACGGGUGAGAAGCCAUAUCCUUGUGAAACAUGUGAUAAAACAUUCAGGCAAAGAUCUCAAUUAACUGUCCACAUGAGGACUCAUACAGGUGAGAAACCGUAUCCCUGUGAAAUGUGUGAUAAGACCUUUAACUCAGUAUAUGGAUUAAACGUCCACAUGAGGACUCACACGGGUGAGAAGCCAUAUCCCUGUGAAAUGUGUGGUAAGACCUUUAACGCAGUAUCAGAUUUAAAAGUCCACGUGAGGAUUCACACAGGCGAGAAACCGUAUCCUUGCAAAACAUGUGGUAAAACCUUCAAGUCAAGUUCUGAUUUAUGGUAUCACAGGAGCACUCACACAGGUGAGAAGCCGCAUUGUUGUGAAACAUGUGGUAAAACAUUCAGGCAAAGCUGUAAAUUAACUAUCCACAUGAGGACUCACACAGGAGAGAAGCCGUAUUCCUGUGAAAUGUGUGGUAAGACCUUCAAAACAGGAACUGAAUUAAAUGCCCACAUGAGGAGUCACACAGGAGAGAGGCCGUAUCCUUGCAAAACAUGUGGUAAAACCUUCAAAUCAACAUCUUAUUUAAAUGUCCACAUGAGGAGUCACACAAGAGAGAAGCCGUAUCCCUGUGAAAUGUGUGGAAAGACCUUCAACACAGUAUCUGAUUUAAAUGUCCACAUGAGGAGUCACACAGGAGAGAAGCCGUAUCCUUGCAAAACAUGUGGUAAAACCUUCAAAUCAAUAUCUUAUUUAAAUGUCCAUAUGAGGAUUCACACAGGAGAGAAGCCCUAUCCCUGUGAAAUGUGUGGAAAGACCUUCAGAUCAGGAUCUGAUUUAAAUGUCCACAUGAGGAGUCACACAGGAGAGAAGCCAUAUCCCUGUAAAAUGUGUGGCAAGACCUUCAAAAAAGCAUCUGACUUAAAUGUCCACAUGAGGAGUCACACAGGAGAGAAGCCGUAUCCCUGUAAAAUGUGUGGUAAGACCUUCAAAACAACAUCUAAUUUAAAUUCCCACAUGAGGACUCACACAGGAGAAAAGCCAUAUCCUUGUGAAAUGUGUGGUAAGACCUUCAACUCAGCAUCUGAUUUAACUAUCCACAUGAGGACUCACACAGGAGAGAAGCCGUAUCCUUGUGAAAUUUGUGGUAAGUCCUUUAGACGAAGAUCUCAAUUGAAUCUACACAUGAGGAUUCACACAGGAGAGAAGCCGUAUCCUUGUCAAAUUUGUGGUAAGUCCUUUAGACGAAGAUCUCAAUUGAAUCUACACAUGAGGAUUCACACAGGAAAGAAGCCGUAUUCUUGCACAACAUGUGGUAAAACCUUAAGGUUAAAAUCUGGAUUAAAUACCCACACAAAGACUCACGUAGGUGAAGUGUCAUCCUCCUUAACCAACUGUACAAGAAAUAAAUCUCUGGGAAGCUAAGCUUGAGAAGAGGGAAACAUCAGAAUCAUCAGAAUUUGUUCAGUUUGAAUGUCGAAGGAGACAUCUCCCUCUGCCUGGGACGAACAUCUAACUGACACUUGAGUUUACAACAGGACUUGGAGAGGAUCACUUCAUGGCCACCUUUGAUUGUUAAUCUAAAGAUAAGGAGGUGAAGAAAACACAACAAGGCUGUGUUUUAAUGGCAAGAACUUGAAGAAUAUGGCUAACAAAACAACUCUUCCAGAUACUGUAGUACUAUGUAUAGAAACUAUGUAAUUAAGAUAAUUUGAUGAUACUUAACCCCUAUUGGGGAAAUUUGAAUGCCACAGCGGCACGUCAAGAGAACCAGUGACAAAAAGGAAAUUAAGUUGGCCUGACAAAACAAAUGACCACUACACAAGAACAAAGAGAAAGGAAAAGGAAGAUCAGAUGUUAACCAUCAAUUGGAGACAUAUUCCUGCAGUGACUUGACUCUAGUUACCAUUAAAAUCAACUCGCAUCUCAAUCUGCACGUUUCCAUAGUUCAAAUGGGUUGUUUUUAGAUUUGACAGAGUGACUGAGCUACAGUCUUUGUCACUUAAUGUAUAUUAUGUCAUGUCUAUCUUCUUUAUUUUUAUAUUGACUAAUAUAGUUCUGACCUUUUUAAUUGUUUUUUUCUUGUUUUUUUUAUGAAGAAAGAUUGCUUCAAUAUAUCCACAAAAUAUC